GUGGCCGGAAGGCAUUGAUGAUAUCUGAUCGGGAUCAUAUUUAGAAUUUUGAAUAAUAAUAUGACGUUAUUACGCCCCAUUCUAGAGAAGUGCGUAUCCGGGUUUCAAAUAAAACCCCCUUUGGUUAAAAAAAACUUCAAAUUAAUUCGAUCCCUAAUUUGAAUUGAAGAAACCAGUGCAGUGCAGUGCAAUGGAGGUUCUGUACACGAAGCUCUAUGACAAGUACACCAGACUCAAGUCUAACAAACUCUCUGAUUUGGAUCACCUCAACGAAGAACAACAACUCAAAUUCAGAAACUUCUCGUCCGCUGCGGAAGAGUUGAUAGAGUACUUGAUGACCGAAAAGGAAGAGCUUCUUGGACAAGUCCAUCAUUUGAGAACCGAACUCGCUUCGCUUAGGGCUGCCAAAGACAACCAGGUUGCCGAUUAUCAGAGGCUUUUGGCUGAGGAAACCCGCAAAAAUGAAGCUCUUGCCGAAGAAGUUGAGAAAUUGCUGAAGCUUCGCCAGGAAGGAGCAUGUCAUGAUUUAAAUUAUAACAGUAAGAUCAUGACUGUAGAUGGUCAGUUUAAGGCUAACUCUAACAGCUCAUCUAUAAGAAUGACAAGAAAACGUACAAGGCAAAAUACUUUGGAGAAAGAAGCAAGGUUUAUAUCUUUUGAAAAUGAUCAAGGUAAUUCUGUGGAGAGAGAGUCAAUGGAAAACAUUUGCAAGGACACUACUUCUGGUAAGCUGCUGGAGUGCUGUACAAAGGCUAAUCAUCAAUCAGGCAUUGAUUUACAGGAAAGUGGUCAUGAUGGUAACUGGCUUAUUCAAGUUCUUUUUGAGUAUGUACUGGGCAUGAAAUUAUCCAUUGACUAUCAAACCGAACGAAUAUGCCUUUCUGCACUGCAUCAAUCCAGCGGUUACUCCUUCAGUAUAUCGUGGAUUAGCAAAUCCCCUGAAGAGGAAGCAGAACUGCUGUACCAUGUUUCAUCUCUAGGUACAUUUGAAAGAGUAGCACCAGAAUGGAUGAGGGAGGACAUCAUGUUCAGCCCUAGCAUGUACCCCAUAUUCUUUGAAAGGGUAUCUCGUGUUAUCAAGUUGAACCACUAAUGUUUUUGUUUUUGUAGCAUUCUCCCCAAUCCUUUUACUGUACAUAUCAUCUGGCUUUGUGGUAUUUCCCCUUCAAAAAUAUCAACUUCCUCAAGUCAUGAUUGAUUGAACUAGUUGUGAUGUUUGCUGGGACCAUAUGUCUAGAGAGGGCAAGUUUUGUGCCAAUGUUCCGGUGACAAUCUGGUCAAGUGAUGACAUGAGCACACUCUAGGGAUCCAGUAUUACUAUAUCAUUUACUUCAACGGUUACAUUAUUUAAAUUUAAUUUAGUUUUGCACAUGAGCUAUGUUUCAUGGUCCUUCACUUGACAUGGAAUAAAGGGUUUAAGAAGAUCACUGUUAAAUCUGAUACACUCAGCCGUUAAGAAUCAAGGAUGCUUCGCUUUGGUCAAGAAAAUUAGGCAGCUUAUGGCUCUUGGAGAUCAUGUUCAUUGCAAUCAUAUUAGAAGGGAAGCAAACCAGGUGGGGGAUUUCCUUAUUGUCAAUUCGGGAUUGUUACGAGUGUAUUAGCUUGCAUUGACAGGCUGAAAAAGAUGUAUAUAUCAAAUCUUUAGGAGACAAAUAAAGUCAAAAGCCCACGAUUAGUUCCUUGUUCAAGAUUUCAACUUCAACUCUUCGUAGACCAUAUCCUUUAUCAUUCAAUUAAAUAUUUAUAUUCGUAGAGUCAA